ACAACAAUCACAACAAUCUCAACUUUUGUUUGAGAUUAUAUUGCAUCAUUUUUUGUGAUUGUUGGUGGGACCUACCUAAAACAAUGCAUGCAUUGUUUUUGUUUUACACUUUGGCACUUCCAAACAUUGUAUUGUGCAUAAUACAUGUAUUCAACAAACACAACUUUAACAAUCACAACUUCCAAACCCAAAAUAUAGAGACUUGGAUGAAAAAGAAACAUAAGACAUGUUUUAUGCUUUAGACAUAAUUAAGUGUUAAGUUAAACGUUUGUUUUUUUCUUUUGUAUUCAAACUUCGGACAGACUAUUGGAACAGUGUGCCUGAGAUCGGCAUGUUAGGAUGACCUUGAAUUAUUAUUAUUUUUCCAUGAUAUUUUCAUAUUCCUAUUUAGCCGAGUUAAUUCGCAAUCUAGAAAGUCAUUUUGUUUAUAGUCAACUUCCCAAGAUAAUUGUUGAUUGUUUUUGUCAAAAUAAACAUGUUAUGUUAUGAUGCACAAUUCAUAUCUCUUGUUUUCUCUCUUUCUUUAUAAGGAUUAGCAAGCAUAAAGUUUUGAUAGAUGCCAAACUUAGAUUUUUCAAAACAUCACUUCUAUAUACAAGGGGUGUGGGCAAUGGGGUUGGGUGGGUUUUGGUUUUAAAUUGACCCACCCGCUUACUAGCGAGUUAGAAUAAUUAUGAUGUUGGUAUCGUUCAAUUAUCGGAGUGAUUGCGUUCCGCUUACGGCCGGAACAAACUAGUUUGAAAGUUGUGUUUCGGCUUAAUAAUUCUGAUGCUGCUUCUUAUUCAUUUCAGUCCUUAUAUAGAGAACUGAUAACCUAGACCUGAGAUCGGGUUACAAUCAACCAACUCCCGCAUCUCCUACGAUUAGGUAGAUCACACGAUCGUAUCUCUACUAAUCCUAAGCAAAACAAAUCAAAAAACAAAUCCCAAAGGGAAGACCGACUGCAGCAACACCGACCUGCAUGACUAAUAAUAAUCUAAGCCGAGAUUCUCUAGCAGCAACAGUCUGACGCGGCAAAGCUUGAGCUACUCCUAGCCACGUGAAUGAUCACCCUCCUCUGCAUGGACUCCUUCCUCCUCAUGGGCCGUAAGCUGACUCACUCCUACUAUCACCCUAGAAAAUGGCCAAGUGAAAUCACUUCCUAAGGCGUAGUAUAGUAGGUUUGGGUUUUAAUGUCAACCCGGGUCCUAGAUUUGAUGACUACUCGGUGAAUUCUUGUUAUCUAGCAAUGAAACUUUAAUGCAAGUCUAAACUAACAAACAAGCAAAGCAAGUAAACGGUUGUUUUCAGGUUAAGAGAGGUCACCCGGAUAUGGUUCCCCCUAGACUGCAGUUAAGCCGGAUUGCAAUUACCAAGUUCAGUUUCUAUGAUAGUUAUACUGCGGAAGGUUCUUAAGCAGUCUGAAGUCUCGACUAAAGGUCUCCAAACCCUCUCAAUCUGAGUCUCUAGCGGGCGACUAACCUCCACCGGAGUAGACAGAUUGAGGCCCUAACGAACAAAACCUCCACUACCGAAGAGAAUUCGGUACAGAAUAGUGAGUUGGCUCCUCGACUAAAGUCACCAACUCCCUACCUUCAAUCAAUGAUGCUCUAUCAACCUAGGCAUAUAUUCUCAUUCUAGGUUAAAGCAGAAACAACAGGAAUUUGAUCAGGAUUCAUGCCAUUCAAUCAUUCAAACCUCAAUUGAAUAUAAUCAAAUCAUAGAAUCAGUACUUGGGUUCAUACAAUCAAACCUAACAUACAAAUCUAGGGUUUCCCAUACCCAGAUGAAUGGGAGAACUACUCCAUGGAGAAAGAAGCAAAAGCAUAUUCAGACGCGGAAAUCAUACUGUGAAGGAUGGAUUUCUGCUCCUGGACGUUGAUCGGCACUCCUCCAAGCUCAAGCUCAAGCCAAGCUCCAAUGGUGAUGAAGAUCAAGCUAGGGCACUUGGGGACUCUUGUUCAUCGCUUUCUCUCUCUAGGAAUCGCUCUGUCUCUCUAAAACUCGAAUCCCCUUCUGUUUUGGCUGAAAUCUGCCUAAAAGGGAAUCACUGGGCAAAACACGGUCGAGGGCACGGCCGUGUUCUGCUCCAGCCCGCCCGUGCCCUUGCCAAGUGUUAAAUACAUGGCCAGACUUUUGGGGAAAACACGGGCGUGCUUUUGGUGUACACGGUCGUGUUCUGUCUCAGUCCUGCCCGUGUUUUGAACUAGUGUUUUCCAAACUCAGAUCAAGUCUCGGCAGUAAAAGCACGGUCUAGGAACACGGCCGUGUUCUGAUUUAGGCGUGCCCGUGUUUUGGCUCCAGCUCGACCGAAUGACUUCCGAAUGCCCCGAAACUCGUGCUUAGCCUUUCCUUCGACGUCUGGGACCUGAAAUAUGACAAAGUAGCACAACCCGGCGUAAAAUAGGCAAAAAAUACACGACCAUGCCCCUCAAACGGAUAAGAACUAGGGGUGGAAAUAUGUGCAAUUACAUCGUUAUCAAAUUCCCCCACACUUAACCGUUUGCUUGUCCCCAAGCAAACCAAGUCAGACACAAGGUAAGCUCAAAACGUUUCAAUCAAGCAUGCUUUAGGGCAUAUCAUAUCGGUACAAAAACGUGGAUCAUACUGGCUUUUGAUCAUUAACACAUGGACAACCUCAAUGACAACCUAGACAACCACCACGGAUGACAUUCGAAUGCAGUAAAGUCGAGCAAAGGAAGAGUCUCCCUUCUGUUCACCAACCAACAUAGACUUGACUCAACCACUUAUUCAAAACAGUCACUUCGUGCACAAAACUCAAGAUAUCAGAAUUAAGACCGAGCAAUCUAGGUCCUCACCGGGAUAAAGAGUAUAGAGAAUAUGAGAAAAUGAAUCACUCACUCUCGACCAGUGGGGUCAGGACAAUUUGAUGCGAAAAAUGCGCAUGCUUAAUCUCUCAAUCCCUAACAUCUCUUCAUCAUGAAUGCAACCUCUAAGUGCUAGAGUUCACAUAUGGGGUGUCACUAACUAAUCCGGAGGUCUUAGACACAGGUUCAGAUGACUGGCUAGGGUCUCGGACAUGGGGAAAAGGCCUUUUAGGUGGUGGAAGUAUUCAUACAGCACAAGGUUCCACAUAUCCAAACCCAACAAACUCGCAGUCAAUCAAACUAAUAACUUUCUUUCUGCUAUUCUACAUUACUCAAAUUAUUCAGAGCACAAGAGCGAAGGAGGUCACAUAAAUGCUAGUAUAUCUAAGCCAGAGUGCUAAGAAACACUACUUAAUGGG